GCCAACGCAUAUAGAGCCAUCGCCCAGGAAAAAAAAAUUGUCUCCAAAAACAUUCUCUCUUUGCCUUUACUCUCUCUCUCUCUCUCUCUCUCUCUCUCUCUCUCUGCGGCUUUCUCUUUGUCGGAAUUCAUGGACGCUACGAAGUGGACGCAGGGUUUUCAAGAAAUGAUAAACGUAAAACCCAUGGAGCACAUUAUUCAUAAUAACAUCGCACAACCGACGUGCACCACAGGCACAAGCACCGUCCUCGUCAACAGUAUAGCUAACACCGGCCCAGGCGGCUGCGGUGGAAACGCAAACGCAAACGCAGCCGCCGCCACCACGGCGGCUGAGAAAAAAGCAAGGCCGCAAGAGAAACUGAACUGCCCGAGAUGUAACUCAACAAACACCAAGUUUUGUUACUACAAUAACUAUAGUCUCACACAACCAAGGUACUUCUGCCGAGGCUGUCGAAGGUAUUGGACCGAAGGUGGCUCUCUUCGUAACGUCCCUGUUGGAGGAAGCUCGAGGAAGAACAAGAGGUCCUCCUCGGCAAUCUUCCCGACGUCGUCCACGUCAGCAACGUCGGCGCUUUCCUCUUCGUCUUCGCUUGGUAUGACCACCAAGUUACCAGAUCUAAACCCACCGGUUCUCUUCUCAGGACAGAACCCUAAGUCAACGUCGACGCAGCAACAAAAAGGGUCAUCUCAAGAUCUCAACUUGUUGUCUUUCCCUGUCAUGCAAGACGGUCAUCAUCAUCAGAACAUGUCUCAGUUUCUUCAGAUGCCCAAGAUCGAGAACAGCAUUACUCAACCAAACCCUAACGGUUCUUUAUCUUCUUUGUAUGUGUCUUCGUCUCCUGUUUCAGCUCUCGAGUUUCUGAGAACUGGGGUUUCUUCAAGAGGUUUCAACACGUUCAUUCCUGGUCCCAUGAUCGAUUCAAACACAGUUCUUUACUCUUCAUCAGGGUUUCCGACAAUUGCGGAUUACAAGCCAAGUAAUCUCUCUUUUGCCGGAAAUAUCGGACACAACAACAACAACGGUAACACCAGGUCUCAUGAAACUAAUGAGGAUAUAAAUGGAUCAGGUAGGGUUUUGUUUCCAUUUUCGGAGAUGAAAGAGCUCUCGAGCACCACAACACAAGAAGUUGGUGAUAAUGAUGAUCAUCAGCAGAAGAGUCAAGUCAAUUCGAGCGCUAAUGCUUAUUGGAGUGGAAUGUUCAGUGCUACAGGACCUUCAUGGUGAAGAAAUGAUGCACUCAAGUUUUAAAAAAUGGAGAUUAUCAGCUUAGCUUUCUUCCUCAUUUAUUUCUUUUUUAUUUUAAAGCCCUUUCCUUUUCCUUUCAACGAUCUUUUUCUCACAUGGAGGACUUUACUUAAAGUUGUCGGAACUAUCUAACAGAGAGUCUUGUCUUUCUCUCUCUCUUCUUUUUUUUUUUACCUUUUUUUUUUG